AUGGGAGCCAACAAAGGGCGGGCAGACAGUUCUACUACUACUGAUGAUGAUGAUGAUGACGAUGAUGACGAUAAUCGUAAUACUUUAUAUGCUUUGGUAAUACAGGCAAUCAAAACGUACAGGAGAACAUGCGAAGGAGACGCAUUCCUCCACGGAGGAUGCAGUCUGUCAUGUUUCUGCUGGAAGGACAAACUGGGACUUGAUAUCCACUACAUAAAUGCCUUCAAAGGUCGGGGCAUUUUCACGACUGUUCCAUUCCAAAAAGGAGACUUCCUUUUGGAAUACAGAGGUAAACUCAUAACAAAAGAAGAAUGUGAGCGGAGACACAGAGUUUAUCAUGACAGCCUGAAGGUGUUCAUGUUUGAAUUCAAGUUUGAUGGAAAACUCUGGUGUGUGGAUGCAUCUCAAGAAGAUGGGUCAUUAGGCAGACUUGUCAACGACAACCACAUCAGUCCAAGUGCUAAGAUGAAAAUAUUAAAUAUCAAUCGAAAGCCCCAUCUAUGCUUAUUUGCAAGCAGAGACAUAAGUCCAGGCGAAGAAAUAGACUAUAAUUAUGGUGACUCGGAUUGGCCCUGGAGAUGCAAGACUGAGACCAGCCAGAUUCAGAAGACUGUGAGCUGCCUAAAGCCGCAACCAAACUGCAUUCCAAACAAUGAUCUGGACCUGAAACAUCCAGAGCCUGAAAGGUGUCACAGUCAUCGUCUGGUGUGCACAACAAUAUCAUCUUUGGACAAGUGCAUUCAGUGUGUGGGACCGGUUUCCUCCCUCAAGUGGCUUGGCUAUAAGUGCAAAGUUUGUUUAGGGGUCUGGCACAAAUCCUGCCUUGCAAAAUUGGCAAAUCAGAAUUGUCACCAGUCAACACAGAAAGAAGAAAUUUCUGAAUAUUCAGGGGAGGAUGGAUUGCCACAUUCAGUUCUGGAUCAAAUAUCAAGCGAUGAUGAUGGCAACCACAGCAUAUCAGAAGAAGAAUAUGUGCCAGAUUCAGAGUCAUAUGAUGAAGAUUCAGAUGAAGACAUCUCAUUAUUGCCAAGGGUAAAGCAGACCCAGGCCAAUUCUCCAGAUGCAGGAGUCUGA